AUGCGGUCACCUCUCACCUGGGCCGCCGCCGCCCUCCUCCCGGCCCUCGGCUCCGCCGCCUCCCUCCAACAGAUCACCACCGACUUCGGCCCCAACCCAACCAACGUCUCCUUCUACCUCUACGUCCCGGACUCCCCCGCCCCGGCGGCGCCCCUCCUCGUCUUCCCGCACUGGUGCCACGGCACGGCCCAGGACGCCUUCAACUGGAAGCCCUGGCGCCCGCUCGCCGACGCCCUCGGCUUCGUCACCAUCUACCCCUCCUCCCCCUGGGCCGCCGACAACUGCUGGGACGUGUCCUCGCCGCAGACCCUCGCCCACGACGCCGGCGGCGACUCGCUCGGCAUCGUCAGCAUGGUCCGCUGGACCCUCGACAACCACGACGUCGACCGCGACCGGGUCUUCGUCGCGGGCGUCAGCUCCGGCGCCAUGAUGACCAACGUCCUGCUCGGCGCGUACCCGGACGUCUUCGCCGCGGGCUCGGCGUUCGCCGGCGUGCCGUUCGGGUGCUACGCCGCCGACGGGUUCGCUGUGUGGUCCGACGACUGCGCGAGCGGCCGCAUCACGCGCACGGGCGAGGAGUGGGCCGCCGUCGUCGAGGCCGCGUAUCCGGGGUACGCGGGGCCGCGGCCGAAGCUGCAGGUCCUGCACGGGGACGUGGACAACGUGCUGAACGUGACCAACUUUUACGAGGAGAUCAAGAUGUGGACGACGGUGCUGGGCGUCGGGGCCACGCCGACGGCGGUCGUGGAGGACGACCCCGUGGCGGGGUGGACCAAGAGCGUGUAUGGCAGGCGGGGGCUGUUCGAGGCUUUCCUGGCGCACGGGGUGGAUCAUAACAUCCCCGACAUGCCCGACGAGGUUGUCAGGUUCUUUGAGCUCGACUGCGUUGGCGAGGGCUGUUUCUCGCGCAAGUCGUUGCCGGUGCCGGGAGCUUGUGUCAAGAGAGGGAGCCCAUGA